AUGUUUACACUUCACAAACACAUUGAUCGUUGUUGUUUGAAUAUGACGGCCAGACUUGAUCGCUUAUUCUCUUCUGUUCAACUCGGUGUGGACAUCGAUGUCGUAACCUGGCCAGUAACCAACGAUGGAGUUCUUGCCAUAGACCUCACCGGCGUAGAAGAAACCGGCCAUGCCGACGGCGGUGCCAGCGACUCUCUUGGCAUCACCGACGGUGAUGGCAGAUGGGUUCUUGAGCUUCUCGACAAACAGGUUGGUGUCGGCCUUGAUCACGGCUGA